UUUAUGUAAGAAUCUUUAAAAAAACAAAAGAGAGGAGAGAGAGGGAGAGAGAGAGAGAGAGUUGCCUUUGGGGCCCAAGUCAUGCGGAGGCCAUGGUCGGUAACGGGCCUCCCCUAGAAGCUGACGUGGCACCGGCGCAUGAGGCGGAGAGAUCCUCCCCCUUCUCCAUUUCAGACCGCUUGACCCCCUCAAUCUCCGGUUUCCAUUUCUCUCCGUCAUUUCUCUUCUCUCCGUUAAGCGAUCUCCAGUGAUCUCGUGCGGAUAACCAUCGAAAAGUUCUCAUCUUUUUCCCCCCUCUUUUGUCUUGCAAUUCUUCCAUAGACGAAAAUAAUGGAAGGAAGUGCUUUGGAUGAUUUGAUCGAGAGGUUACUCGAAGGGAAGAAGAGCAAGGGGAGUGGCAAGAAGAUUCAGCUCAGCGAGGCCGAGAUUCGCAAUGUCUGCGUUGCUGCGAAAGAAGUCUUCCUGAGCCAACCCGUCCUCCUCGAAUUGGAGGCACCCAUUAAUGUCUGCGGUGAUAUCCAUGGCCAAUUCUCUGAUCUGCUCCGACUUUUCGAGUAUGGUGGCUUUCCUCCACACUCUAACUACCUCUUCCUCGGUGACUAUGUCGACCGAGGGAAACAGAGUAUUGAGACCAUCUGCCUCCUCCUCUCCUACAAGAUCAAAUACCCUGACAACUUCUUCCUCCUUCGAGGAAACCAUGAAUGUGCUUCCAUCAAUCGGAUUUAUGGCUUCUACGAUGAAUGCAAGCGUCGUUUCAGUGUUAGGCUUUGGAAGCUCUUUACCGAUUGCUUCAACUGCCUCCCGGUGGCCGCUGUCAUCGACGAUAAGAUAUUCUGCAUGCAUGGUGGGCUCUCACCAGAAUUGCAGCACUUGGACCAGAUAAGGCAGAUUGAGAGGCCAGUGGACGUGCCAGACCAAGGAUUGUUGUGCGACCUACUAUGGUCGGACCCCGACCGAGAAAUUAAAGGAUGGGGAGAGAAUGAUCGAGGUGUUUCAUAUACUUUUGGGGCUGAUAAGGUGUCUGAGUUCUUAAGGAAGCAUGAUCUUGAUCUUAUUUGUCGUGCACAUCAAGUUGUGGAAGAUGGCUAUGAAUUCUUUGCAGAUAGGCAAUUGGUGACCAUAUUUUCAGCCCCAAACUACUGUGGGGAAUUCAAUAAUGCUGGCGCACUGAUGAGUGUAGAUGCGAGCUUGCUUUGCUCUUUUCAGAUCCUCAAGCCUUACAGAGGGAAGGUAGGAGGGCAGCUGGAUUAAAAGUACCGACAAUCACAGCAGAACUAGCAAGCUUUAGGCUUAAAACACGAGAAAGUGAGGAUGAAAAAGUUGGUUACAUUUGUUUUGUUUUCAUUUACUUUACUGAAGGAUUAUUUUGCUACUCCUUUUUGCAGCAGAUUAGUUAAGCUUUCUGUUGCACAAUGCUUUAAUUUGUAUCUGUAUAUAUAUAAAAGGAAAUCUAUUGCAUCCAUACACUGAUCUAGCAUGCCAAUUGAUUCA